UUAUUAUCCUUUUGAAGAAGCUCAUCUUCACCAACACACUACUCGUCACUGUUGACACAUUUUGCUUACCUUCAACUUUAGUUGGUCAUUCCCCUCAUUUGAGAUCCCCACGGUUUAACCAGCCAAAAUGAGGGCUUUGUCAGCUCAAGGGAACCUACAAGGGAAACUGGGCAUUUUGAUAAUUUCAUCAUCAUAAGACUUGUAUAUAUAAACUAAUUCUGCCACCAACCCAACUAUCUUCCUCACCCUUUCCUUCCACACUUUGCUCCCUCUCUCUUCUUUUCUCUUCACUCAUCAAUGGGAGAAGAUGAUAAGAAAGAAUUGCAACUACUCCCUUCACCCUCUUCAACACAUCUAUCUGCCUCGAUGAUGGGUUCUUCCAACAAGUCCCCAUUGACAGCCUCUGAAUCUUUCCAUGGAUCACUUGACCUACAGUUGUCCAUCAGCCUUCGACCCUUCCGACGGCCAUCUGAUCAGAUAUUGGCAGGACCCCUUAGUGAGCAUGACCUUAACACACACACCGACUUUCACUGUGUUGAAGCUUUGAAGUGGCAGGCUGCUGAACAAAUUCGAUUAGCUGCUAUUGAAAAGGCUUAUGCAGACCGAGUGAGGGAGCUAACGAGGCGGGAGAUGGAAUUGGCACAAUUGGAGUUCGCACGGGCAAGACAGAUGUGGGAGAGAGCCCAAGAAGCAUUAGAGAAGGCUGAGAGAAUGAAAGAGAACGCAACUCACCAGAUAGGCACUAUGUGCAUGGAAAUCACUUGCCAUGCUUGCCGGCAGCGGUUCCAACCUGAGUAGUGAAGACUCAGAACAUGGCCACAAGGAGCAAGUUUUGUAAGCACACAUCUGAGUAAGAUGCCUUUUACUAUUAUCAUAUUGGCUCGUCUGAAAAGGCCAACUCAGUUUCCCAAAGCCCCCUGCAAAGCUGAGCCAGAUGGGCGCCAAGUCAUCAAGUCUCCAAACUGAGCAUUGAAUCCUGAAUCUUAUUGAAGAGGAAAAGAAAACAAUAAAAUGGCAGGAAAACUUCAGCA